AAAAUGUUAAAAAUCAUGAAGGUGGUAAUGGCGUGCUGCAAAUCAAAAUUUUCAAACAUGUACACCGAGCACAAAUACCGGGGUUAGCAUUUAUGCAGAAAGUUAGUUUUGACACGCCUACGUCCUUCUUCCCUUGUCAGUAUCUUGACUGAAGUACCACUUUUGGCAGCACCAAAAUUCCAGUGAUUAGAAAAAAUGGCGUACCUUCAGGAGCUCCAUCCGGAGCUGUUCUUCGCGCUGCCCCGUCCAGGUGGGAUCGCAAACAUCGAGCUUCCUGAAGCUGCCAUCCAGCCAAACGUUGACCUUGAAAGGAGCUCCAGGAGCUCCAGGUCCACCAUGAGAUCCAGAUCAUCUCUACGAUCUAAAAGAUCCAAAAGUGUUAUGGAUGCCACAUCUUUCAUGGCCAGCCCGGGCUACGUCAGCCGCGAUUAUCGCAUCCGCAAUGCGAUGCAAACGGCCCCCUGGGUGCUUUUUUCCGACAUGGACACAGGGGACGACGACCAGCGUGCUGCUCCUGAUCCUUCCCAGGACAUCGUCGAUUUGCUGGCGGCCACCUUCAGCGUUGUAAUGGUGAUGGCGAACGGAAAAGGUGGAGAUAUCCCCAGGAACCACCUGCGAUGGGCUCUCAGCUUCCUGGAAAAUGUCAAGGACGAGUUUGGGAACGCACCUCCAAACGUUCAGGGUAUAAUAAACAAUAUAAAGCUAAUAGACGACAAGUUGGUGUCAUACAACGAAGGCGCUGAGACAGCGGGAGAUGGAUCUGGUGGAGACGUCUUAGCGGGAACAGAACCAGAACCAGAACCAGAGCCUCCCACUGAAGAAGCGCCCGCUGAAGAAGACGAAGCACCUGCAGAGGAGUGAGCCGGAGAAGAGGGUUAAGCUUAAUAUUCUCACAUUUUGUUAAAAGAUAUGGAAUAAAGUAUAUCGGAACAGGAAAA